AUGGGUGCAAAUAAUGAGCAUGUGGCUCCCUCCAUCGACAGUGCUACCACAAACACCGCGCCGUCAGAUAAUUCAACGCCAGCCAUGAGCGAGCAAGUUAACGAUGACCUUGAGAAGGGUAUUCGUACAGCCGACCCCGUCGAGACAGAGAAACAUGUUGUCAAUGGAGAGCCUCUAUCAGAAAAUAGCGAGGGCGUCACUCCAGCUCCCGCUGGUCCCCCAGGCCCUGGCCCUCCACCGGAUGGAGGAGCUGAAGCAUGGAUGUCCGUGCUAGGAGCCUUUUGCGGACUGUUCGUCAGUUUUGGCUGGAUCAACUGUAUCGGUGUCUUCCAAACGUACUACGAAAGUCAUCAACUUAGUGAUAUGUCCACCAGUACCGUGACAUGGAUCACAUCAUUGGAGACAUUCGUCAUGUUCUUCGCUGGCCCCGUUUUCGGUACCCUCUUCGACAAUUAUGGCCCCCGAUAUAUCCUCUUAGGCGGCACAUUCCUCCACGUCUUCGGCCUCAUGAUGGCCUCCCUCUCAACCGAGUACUACCAAUUCAUCCUCGCGCAAGGAAUUUGCAGUCCACUCGGUGCAAGCGCCGUAUUCAACGCCAGCGUAAACUCGGUCAGCACUUGGUUCGCCAAACGUCGCGCCUUCGCACUGGGUGUCACAGCCUCCGGAUCCAGUCUGGGAGGAGUGAUCUUCCCCAUCAUGGUGUCGAAUCUGAUUCCCAAGGUUGGGUUCCCUUGGGCAAUGCGGAUUUGCGCGUUCUUGAUUCUGGCUAUGCUGGGCGUUUCCAAUGUCACUCUCAAGUCGAGGCUGAAGCAUACCAAGAAGCCGUUUGAUAUUAUGAAUUUCGUUCGUCCGCUGAAGGAUGUGAAAUUCGUUGUCACGGUUGCUGCGUGCUUUUGUUUCUUCUGGGGUAUGUUCUUGCCUUUUACGUUUGUUAUUACUCAGGCACAGCGAUAUGGCAUGUCGGAGCACUUGUCGCAGUAUCUCAUUCCGAUCCUGAAUGCGGCUAGUAUCUUCGGCCGUACACUCCCAGGGUACAUGGCAGACCGCGUCGGUCGAUACAACGUGAUGAUCUUCUUCAGUUAUCUCUCCGGCAUCCUCGUCCUAGCCCUCUGGCUCCCAUCACGUAGCAACGCCCCCGCCAUCGUCUUCAGCGCAAUGUACGGCUUCGGCUCUGGCGCCUUCGUGUCCCUCGCUCCAGCCCUUAUUGCUCAAAUCUCUGAUCUGCGCGAGGUCGGUGUCCGCAACGGUACCUGCUUCUCGAUUAUUUCCUUCGCCGCUCUCACCGGUACCCCGAUUGGCGGUGCCCUGGUCCCUGAUGUUUUGACCGGCUCGUACACGAGUCUGCAAAUCUUCUGUGGUGUGGUCAUGCUUGCGGGUGCGACGCUGUUUGUCGUCGCGAGGAUUGUUGUUGGCGGCGUAAAGCUUGGCAAGGUAUAA